GUGACAUACGUAGGUUCGUUUAAAGAGUCGUCCAAAGAUGGCGCGCUCGAAGGUUUCGAACGAGUGGGGUAGAGGGCGUAGUUUGUCGAAGUGCGUUGGUGGGAUCGGAGCGGGUGAUCAACUCGGACUGCUCAGGCAGCGACGGAGUCCGCUCACUAUAGUUUCCACUAUGGCAAGUAUAGGAUCGGGUAGACUUUGUGCUCACGCGGAGAAACUGUGCCAGUAUGGACAUUUCACCCAAUUACGGAGGAAAGUUUCGACGACGACAUGUGCGAAAUCCCGACCGGCUGUCUCGCGAACGAGCGGCGCGCUCUUCCAGCACUGCCAGAACAAAACGAACACGCGAGACAGCAGGAUAGGUCUCGCGAGGGCAACGAGUACUAUGCAAACGCAGAUGCCUGGAUCUUUGCCCGAUUACCAAAUCGAUCCUUACAGACUUGCAGAGGAUGACCUUAAGGAUAUGUUCGACGACAUACGACUGGAACUUAUCACCAAUACUACACAAGAAGAGCUGCAACCCAUAAGCACAUAUUACUUGGAUGGCCAAGGAAAAGCUAUACGACCCAUACUCACUAUACUCAUGGCACGAGCUAUUAAUUAUCACAAGGGAAGGAACGUUCUCUCGCAUUCGCAACGACAAAUAGCGAUGAUUUCUGAGAUGAUCCACAGCUCCUCUUUAUUGCAUGACGAUGUGAUCGAUCAAUCGGACAUCCGUCGAGGCAAACCGUCAGUUAAUGUCGUCUGGAGUCAAAAGAAGGUGGCUAUGGCGGGGGAUUAUAUCUUGGCGGUUGCCUGUCGGAUGCUCUCCAGACUCCAAAAUGACGAAGUAACCAUCACCAUCAGUCAGAUAGUGACUGACUUGGUGCAAGGAGAAUUUAUGCAGCUCGGCUCGAAAGAAACGGAAAACGAAAGGUUCGCCCAUUAUCUUACAAAGACGUAUCGAAAAACGGCGAGUUUAAUCGCCAAUUGCUCCAAAGCGGUUGCUAUACUUGCCGAAGUCGACGAUCACAUGAUAGAGAUGGCUUUCCAAUAUGGCAGGAAUGUAGGCUUGGCAUUUCAAUUGGUAGACGAUCUUUUGGACUUUGUUGCUUCUUCAGAAGCUCUAGGAAAACCCACGGCCGCUGAUCUUAAACUUGGAUUAGCGACAGCCCCGGUACUCUUCGCUUGCGAACGGUACCCAGAAUUAAAUGCGAUGAUUAUGCGCCGUUUCCAAGAACACGGCGACGUCAAGAGAGCUUUCGAAUUGGUACACAAGUCCAACGGUCUCGAACAAACAAGAUUCUUGGCGAAGAAACAUUGCGCGGAGGCCAAUAAGAUCGUACAGUCUUUUGCUAAGAGCCCUUAUCAAAAGGCUCUUAUCAUUAUGGCUGAUUUGGUCAUCAAUCGUAUGAAAUAGCAUUGUCAAGAAGGAAAAUUUAGAACUGAGAGAUUUAUAAUUUGGAAAGGGUGGGGGGGGAAAUCGAUUUUAUAAUUAUUUAUAUAAUUAUGGUGGGAGAUAAAAUGGCUA